ACGAGUCACCGCAAUAUUCCAGCAUUUGACAGUUCAACUUGAUUGUAAAAUCAUGUCAACAAACACGAGUCCGAUUUUAUAUUUUCAAUUUUUCUUUAUUUUUACGUUGUGAUUCGGCUUUAAAAAUGUUCAAAGAAACGUUUAAAUAUUACAAAUCAAAGUGUCCGCCGCCAACGUAUGAAAAAGUCAUUGACUUUGAUACAAUUGACAAAGAUGCAAUUAUCGUUAAUUCACCGAAAAAAGUAAAAAACCCGGAUAAAUAUCGUAUUCGAGGCCUCAUACCAGUUGAUCAAUGGCAAAUUUGUGAACUCAAAAAUCGCCCGGGGCUGAUUUUCAUUCGAAACCCAUUCACCAUUCGUGGCCAACGAUAUUGGAUCGCACGUUGUUUACAAGAUUAUCCAAAGGCUCCGCAUGUAGUCAAUUUGAACGAAAAAUAUUUCAGCAAAGAUAUCAUUGAUGACUGGUGGUAUUCACUGCAAAAAGUCAACCAAAGCCGCGAUGACAAAGAGAAAAUACGACUCAAAAACGGAAUGAGAUGGACAACACUUGGCUAUCAUCACGAUUGGGAUACAAAAAUAUAUGCAGAGGAAAAAAGACACAAAUUUCCAGACGAUUUAGCGAAACUUAACGAAUAUUUUGCCGAAGUUCUGGGGCUGGGCGAAUAUUCUGCAGAAGCAGCUAUCGUCAAUUUUUAUCCAUUGGGAACAACACUUGCUGGGCAUACCGACCAUUCGGAAAAAAAUCUAGAAGCUCCACUCUUUUCAAUAAGCUUCGGACAAACGGCUAUAUUCAUGCUCGGUGGCAAAACUAAAGAAGAAGAAGCGUCAGCAAUGUUCCUUAAAAGUGGCGAUAUCGUGUGUAUGUCAAAGGAAAGUCGUUUGUGUUACCAUGCCGUGCCAAGAAUCAUGAAGACAGACGUCAACUGGGUGAAUUCACCAUUGAAUGAAACAGAUGAAUCAAAUUCCAAAGAACAAGAAACAAUCACAACCGAAAAUGAGGAAGACGUUGAUUCCGACGGAGACAACAAAAAUCAUAAAAAACGCCGACUGACCUCACCAAGUGAAAAUGAAUACAACGACGUGUUUGUUGAAAGUCUUUGGACGAGUAUUGCCGAUCCGAAGCAAUGGCAACCAUUUGCCAACUACAUCACCGAUUGUCGUAUCAAUGUGAAUGUGCGCCAAGUGCUGGAACACGGUGAACAAUCUCUGAAUUUACAAUGAGCCACAAUAACUGUGUGUCGUUAUUGUUGUAUAAAGUUUAUUAAAUAAAGAUUUAUUUAUUGGUUUUAAAGUAGAACUCCUUUAGA